GCAUAUAAAUUCACCCCUUAAUCAUCCCAAAACCAAAGCACCCGAAGCCAUCUACCAGAAAAGCUUACAAUUUAAUCUCUCUCUUGCCCUCUCUUUCUCCGUCGUUUUCUCUACAGAAAACAAGCGGAAGAGGGCGGAGAGAGUCGGCAGCGAUGGCGGGCCAACAGUUGCAAGUCCUGAACGCCCUCGACGUCGCAAAGACCCAAUGGUACCACUUCACCGCAAUCAUUAUUGCUGGGAUGGGCUUCUUCACAGAUGCCUACGACUUGUUCUGCAUCUCCCUUGUCACCAAGUUGCUCGGCCGCAUCUAUUACCAUGUUGAUGGAGCGGCAAAGCCUGGUACUCUGCCUCCUAAUGUCUCGGCAGCCGUCAAUGGCGUAGCGCUCUGCGGGACCCUUGCCGGCCAGCUCUUCUUCGGGUGGCUUGGAGACAAGUUGGGCCGCAAGAAGGUCUAUGGCCUGACCCUGAUUCUCAUGGUUGUAUGCUCGGUCGCCUCGGGCCUGUCCUUUGGGCACGAUGCCAAGGCUGUGAUGGCCACCUUGUGCUUCUUCCGCUUCUGGCUCGGCUUUGGUAUCGGUGGUGAUUACCCACUGUCAGCCACAAUCAUGUCCGAGUAUGCAAAUAAGAAGACCCGAGGCGCUUUCAUCGCUGCUGUCUUCGCCAUGCAGGGCUUCGGGAUCCUCGCUGGCGGUAUCUUCGCCAUCAUCAUCUCGACGGCCUUCAAGACCAGGUUUGACGCCCCGGCUUACGAGGUGGACCCGCUCGCCUCGACUGUUCCACAGGCUGACUAUGUCUGGAGGAUCAUCUUGAUGGUGGGAGCGAUACCGGCGGCGCUUACCUACUACUGGCGGAUGAAGAUGCCGGAGACUGCCCGCUACACUGCCCUUGUGGCUAAGAAUGGCAAGCAGGCCGCAGCGGACAUGUCCAAGGUCUUGCAAGUUGACAUUGAGGCCGAGCAGAGCAAGGUUGAGCAGCUGAGUGAGGCCAGCGGGUUUGGCUUGUUCACCAAGCAGUUCCUCAGCCGCCAUGGCCUCCACCUGCUUGGGACGACCUCCACCUGGUUCUUGCUUGACAUUGCGUUCUACAGCCAGAACCUAUUUCAGAAGGAUAUCUUCAGCGCAAUCGGGUGGAUCCCCGCGGCGAAGACCAUGAACGCACUUGAGGAGGUGUUCAGGAUUGCGAGGGCGCAGACGCUUAUCGCCCUGUGCAGCACUGUCCCUGGGUAUUGGUUCACCGUGGCCUUCAUUGACAGGAUGGGGCGCUUCGCCAUCCAGAUGAUGGGCUUCGCUUUCAUGACGGUGUUCAUGUUCGCGAUCGCUAUCCCAUACGACCACUGGACGCACAAGGAAAACCGCAUUGGGUUUGUGAUGAUGUACUCGCUCACCUUCUUCUUCGCCAACUUUGGGCCCAACGCCACCACUUUUGUGGUCCCGGCUGAGAUCUUCCCUGCCAGGCUGCGGUCGACCUGCCAUGGGAUAUCUGCAGCUGCGGGGAAGCUUGGAGCGAUCAUCGGCGCGUUCGGAUUCCUGUACUUGGCACAGAACCAAGACCCGGCCAAGGCAGAUGCGGGCUACCCUGCGGGCAUCGGGGUCCGGAACUCGCUCAUCUUAUUGGGAGUGAUCAACUUCCUGGGUCUCCUGUUUACGUUCUUGGUGCCCGAGUCGAAGGGCAAGUCAUUGGAGGAGAUGUCUGGAGAGAAUGAGCAAGGGGCAGACGAGGAGCCGAGGUCUUAGAGCAACAGAUCAAUACCAGGCAUUUUGAGAUGUGGCGUUUGGACACAGUCAAGUCGAUGUCGCAAAUAACCUUGCAAAUCCUAACUUCUGUCACAGUUUUCAAUGUUUUGGACAUCUAACCUCUUCUAGCUGCUGAGUUUUCUUCUUCUUUUUUCCUGUCUUUAAGUUUUGCCUUUUGAUAUUGGAGUGGCUUGAGCUUUGUGAUACAUAUUUGUAAGUCGAGAAAAUGCAAGUUCUGAUGCCAGUGUCUUGUACAUGAUCUUGCGUUACCAAUCCAUGGUUCAGAUGUGGCU